UCCACAAACUCAACCCUCUCAACUCCUUCCAGGCUCCACUCUGCAGCUCCAGAGCGACGCUCUCCUCGCGUUUGGGCUUUUCCCCCCUCCACUUGCUACUGAAACGGCUACUCGAAAUCUCUGUUUCUCCUCCAGAAAGCAUGCAGAGCUCCAACAACUCGCGCAUGGACCGUGUUGGGCUGCGAGUUGCAGAGAAACUCAGAAACACUCAGGAGAGCAGCGCUUUCCAGAGCUUUCCGAGAAGAUUGCCCUGAGCUGUGGAGGGCAGCGGUGGAGCUCAGGCUGUAAGUGUUGGAGUGAGGACUGUUCUUUGUUUCCGAGCUGCGGAGGAACCGAGUCAGAAGAGUAAAAGUUCAGAAGGUGAGCAGGUGCGCUCAGAGCCACGUUUUCUCGCUUUCUGACGCGCAGCGUCUCCUGAGCUGCGUCCUGUCCGUCUGCGGGGACUAUGAGGUUUCUAUUCGGCGUGCUGGUGUGUCCGGAUCCGGAUACCUGUGUGGUGAGGAACGGCUGAGGGCUCACCUGACUGAACAGCUUCUCCACAGCGUUAGCAUCUGCUGCUAACUCCCAGCCAAAUGCCUCCUCUCCUGCUCCUCUGCCUGCUGUGGUCUUUCCUGCAGAGCUGCUGGGCUGAAUCCGCUCUCAUCACCAAACUGCAGCACGGCGAGGUGAAGGAGCAGAACGGGGUUCAGGAGACUCAGCAUGAGAAGGUAGUGAUGGUGAGUGGUGAGGGGAUGAUUCACAGCCCUGGAUUUCCACACACAUACCCCCGCAGCACUGUGAUUGUGUGGAGGCUGGUAGCUGCCGAUGAAGUCUCCAGAAUCCAGCUGACUUUUGACCAUCGUUUCGGCCUAGAGGACCCUGAGGACGGCGUCUGCAAGUAUGAUUACGUGGAAGUGGAGGAGCCUUCUGAGGGGAUGGUUUUGGGUCGCUGGUGUGGCUCUCAGGACGUCCCCGAUUCUCAGAUGUCCAAAGGGAACCAAGUCCGCAUCCGUUUUGUUUCAGAUGAAUACUUCCCUUCUGACCCAGGCUUCUGCAUCCACUACUCUCUGCUCCAGCAGAAGCCAGAGACUCCUGCUGUAAUGCCAAUGCCACCAGCUCUGCAGAAUAUGGAAUCUCUGGGGGAAGCUGUGGCCGGCUUUGGCACUGUGGAGGAGUUGCUGAAGUACCUGGAGCCGGACCGCUGGCAGCUGGACCUGGAGGAGCUUUAUAAACCCACCUGGCAGGUGCUGGGAAAGUCUUUCUUCCACCAGAAGAAAGCCAGAGGGGUGGUGGAUUUGAACCUGCUACGUGAGGAGGUUCGGCUGUACAGCUGCACACCGCGAAACGUGUCCGUGUCAUUACGUGAGGAGUUGAAGCGGACAGACGCCAUCUACUGGCCCAGCUGCCUCCUUGUGAAGCGCUGCGGGGGAAACUGCGCCUGCUGCUCGCACCGCUGCUACGACUGCCACUGCACCCCCACCAGAGUGGCCAAGAAAUACCAUGAGGUACUGAUGCUGAAAAUCAGACCGGGUGGCAGAGGGCCGCAGAAGUCCUUGACGGACGUCCCAUUGGAGCACCAUGAGGAGUGUAGCUGCGUAUGCAAGAAUGACUCAGACUGAACUUGACCUGGAGAAGGAGCUUUAUGGGCCCCCAUGUGGACUGAGCUUCAGCUGGGGAAAUAUUUAUUCGUGGCUUACUGACAGAGCCAUUUUUCUACCGCCGUGUUCGAACUAAUGACACCUAGAGAUAGACAUCUUCUUAUCUUGACUUUUCUAAGCCUUACAGAGGGCUCCAGUAUUCCUGCUCUCAUGGAUCUGUGUGUAACUCGUAAAGACAUUUCCAUCGGUCCCAUUUAAAUAUGGAAUAUUCAGAGGGAAAAUCCUAUGCAACUAGGUAGUAUGUUUACAUGCGUUUGUGUACAUACGUUUUUUAAGUGCACGGUGAUGUGAGGGGGUUGAAGAGGGUGAAGAGGAAUCCACCAGCUAUAUGUAAGCUCAAACGUAGGCUAGUUAAUGUAAUGCUUACUUAGUUCAACUUUACAUAAGAUCAAAAAUAGUUGCAGCAUACAUCUGCUGAAAGGCCUAGUCCAGCACAAUCACAUUCAUUUUAAUGUAAUUCACCACAAUGAGCGAUUCUGUGUUCCAGACUUCUGGGAUGAGUCAAUUUCAUGUGCAAAUGCAUCUUCAACCCAUAGCUUUGGCUGCGUAGAGCUCGGCAGUAGUGGUAAUAUUAGCAACAUGAACCUUUAAACAUCUCUUAACCACUGCCUGUAAUAAACACAUGUAAGACUAUGCAGUCGUUUGGGAAACAUUUUACUUUUUGAUUUUAGUCACGUUAGCCAGCUUGGCUUAGCUACCUGCUAUGAUUAUCUGUCAUAUUUUCAUAUUCAUAUUUUUAUUGUUUAAAAUGGGCAAGUUGGCCAGCUGGCUAACUGCUAUGUUAGUUCUCUGGCUAACUGCUGCUGCACAUAAGUUACACUGCCAUCUACCAUGCCAUAUACACUUAUGGCUUCAGUGUGCUGCAACGUGUAAAUCCGAGUAUGAUUUUGUUCACUCUUUUGUCAUUAUCAUUUUGGUUUGCGGGUUAGCUAGCCUACUAACGGGAGGAUUUUUUUUGGUCACCAAUAUUCUGGUCCAGAGUCAGCCACGUCCAUUUCAUAAGACAUCAGAAAACUAGAAAUAUCUAGUGUGACUGCAGUUCAGAGCUGAUUUAUGUUUCUGCUAAAAUGCACAUAAAGGAAUAUGCAUUAAGACAUUUAUGAGAACGUGUCCACAAAAUUGACUAAACGCCUAUCUCACCUACACACCGCUCAGAUCUGUGCGUUAAGCAAGUGCUGGUCUGUUACCUAGUAGUUGUAAAAGCAAUUUAGAAGCUGUAUUUGAGUGAAAAGGCUACAGUCGCUGAUUUUUUAGCAAUAUACAGUGCACUGCAGCUGGGCUUCAGCCUGCACUACUGCAAAUGAUUACAAGGCCCAAAAUGCAUUAAUGGCAUUAAAGAAAGGAAAAAAAGCAGUUGCGUAAUUAUGAGAUUAAUUAUGUAGUUACCUAAUUAUUUACAUUCAUGUUCCAUUUUCCUUCUUUAUUGACAAAAACAGACACAAAUAUAAAGAACAUUUUUUUCUUUAGGCAAAAAUAGACUGUCUGCAAAUUUUUCAAACCAUAAUAAAAUAUCUCCUCUUACACUUUAGAUCUUACUUUCCACACAGUUGUUUCAGUGAACUACAAGUCAGGAAUCAUUUGUGUAGACUUGCAACAUGCUUCUAUAACUAGCCUACGGUUGUCCCAAGUAGAGCUGGUCCAGCUGUAUUCUGGAUAGUGUCGUGUACUUGGUGUGGACAGAAAGAGAAAGAAGAUGAAAGAGAAAGGAAAGAAAAUGAAGAGCGUGGGAAUGAAACAGGGAAAGACUGAGAUUGACAGGUCUUCAUAAAAGAAUGGAACUGAUCUUUGCUACUUAUUGCUCUCCUUAUAAAGAGAGUCAUCCACCAGCAGCUGUUGUCUGUUCUUUAUGGUUCUUUUUUCCGGCUCCAAACAUCGCAGAGGGUUUUAUGGAGUUUAUGGAACGAUGCCUUUGAAAUCAUGAAUCUGUUUUUUGGAGAUCCCUGUGGACCAGAAGUGGACCUUCUAUCCUUUACGUAACCAUCCCACAGAGGAUCUAUCGCUUUAAUUCCUACAAAAAGACGAUUUAAUCUGAGAAAAGGGAGGGACAGAUGGCUCCCGGACUACUUCACAUCUUCUCUGUUUUGGGUUUGAAUUUAAUAAACAUCGUGUAAAAGGAGGACAUACUAAAGAUGAAAGCACCCUUGUGCAUUUUGUUGCUGUCUUAGGAAAAACCUGUCUCUGAAACUGUCCCUUUAAAGAAAUGAAAACUUCUAAUACUAAAGGUAAUAUCUAUCUGCCUUACAGAACACAGAAGUCAGAGCACCCUUCACUUAUUUAAUUUACAAUCAAAACAACUAUUUAGUAAAUGUUAUCCAUCUUUCUGAGCAGAUUAGAUAUAAGAUAAUCCUCUUGUACAGGUAAGCAAAAAACUAAAAUUCAAAAAAUAAUGAAAGGCUAUAGAGAAAAGGGGGCUCCUGAAAACCACCUGGAAGACCUAGUAGACACAAAAACUGCUCCCAUCAGAUAAACAGCACUUAAAGCUUUCAUCUUUGACAGAGAGGAGAAAUUCAAGCUGCUCCAGAUCUCAAAACAUCCACAGGGGUCUGAAAGGAUGUGCAGCUGACAAGAAGCCUCUCCAAAAAGGAGACAAACACAUCAAACAAAGAGGCUGAGCAAUGGACUGACAGCCCCAGAGUCCAGACGUCAGCAUCACUCAAUGCAUUCGGAUUUUUUCAGAAAAUGAUCAACCAACUUCUAAGACUGAACUUUUGAGGUGUGUCUGCAGAUUUCUUUGAGAAACAGAAAAGAAUGGAAGCUGAAAUAAAGGUAAAAUGUGACACACUGAAUACUGAAAAUAUUUAUGUAAUAUUUAGUUGUCAAGGCUUUGUCAGUUAUAUGUUUUCUGCUGAUUUCCUGACAAAAAAAAUCCGGAAAAAUUCAUAACUUGUCUUCGAUGGUCAUUUUGACAGGAAAUUAUAUGAAUGAAAGGUGGCUCUGAAUUUUGUACAAUAGUGUAUAAUAGGUGGACAUUUGCUGAAUUUCAUUAGAGAAUGUUUAUGCAAAGCAUGUUGGUACAAAACCUCCAAUAUGGUAAAAAUGGAAACUUUAUGGAAAAAAACUUAUGGAAAAAAUAUACUUUUAAUGGAAGUCAAUGAAAUCAUAUCUCUUUUGGUCCAUUUAUCAUGAAAUGUCCACACAAUGUAAAAGGCAACAGUGAUUUUCAAAUGAUGUCAGAAACUGAAAAAUAGAGAUACAAGGUUUUAUUCCGGCAACAGCGGCUUAUAGUUGUAGAACACUCCUGAAUUCUUUAGUGCUGUUUGCUCUGAGUCUGUGUAAUGCAUUGUUUCUGAGACGUCAUCAGUUUUCCAGAGGGAGAAAUUUGUGGUCAUUCAUUACCACUGUAGCAGUCCUGAAAACCUGAGGGAACAUGGGGUCACUGCUUUUGUGGCUCAACUUUAUUUAAAGGUAUCUGCUGUUUUCAAGUUCUUUUGUAGAAAAAUAAAAAAUGAAAAAAUAUGGAGUUGUAAGGUUUUCUUACGACAGCAACAAUUUGUUCAAAAUAAGAGCCAGGAGAAAUAUUUUGGAUAAAACUGUCUUGUACACAUUCAUCUGUCAGAUCCUUCCAAAGCGCAGUUUGAGAUGAUCCAGGCCCGGCGGAAUUAGUUCCUUUUUGUAGAUAGCAUUUUAAUCUUGUAAAUAGACAUUCUGUUCCGCUUUCUGCAGUUUUGUCUCUGUUUCAUGCAAUUAUUCUUAUCAAAAUCGUGCUUUUUUUGUAAGCUGAAAUGAACCUUCACACUGUUUUAUGACUGUUCCUUUUGUUACAUUAUUCAUCAGUCUUGGGUAGAUAUGAAAGUACAGAUUUAUAGGGCUAUGCCUUUGUAUAAGUUUCAGUACAUCAAAAGAUAGAUACAUUAUUUGAAAUUGGAAUUUGGGAGCCUAAAUAAAAUGUUUUAGACAGAUAAAUUCACCAUCCAAUUUAUAACUAUCAUUCCACUCAUUGGCCACUUUAUUGUAGGUGUAUAGUUUCACACUGUAGCCCAUCUGUUUUUGCACAAUUAUUCAGACCCCCUCUACCCCAUUCCAAAAUGGAAAGGGACCACUGUAGGACCACCGAUGACCAGAUGUUAUUUAGUGCUGGUAGUCCACCCUCAGCACAGUAGUGAUGCUGACAUGAUCGUAUAUGUGGUGCUGAAAACAGAUACUACACUUGUUAAUGCUAAUUUCUGCUAUCAUCUUUAUUCUAGUAUUUGAAUUCCCAUAGAACAAAGCUAAUUUCAAGUCACAUUAUUUGUCCAUUCUAGUUCAAACACAAACAUCUGAAUCUUGUUAAAGAUAUUUUGUAUGUUUUAUCUGAAGCUUAUAACAGAUGAUAUCAUAUAUCUGAGCUUGUAUGUAUCAGUUUUACAGUGACUCAGUAAAGAGUUCUGACAUAGAGCUGCCAUCACUAUUUUGCCAUUCCUAACAACUAGCCGGAACACUGCUUAGAAUAUGACUCACAGUCAGUAACAUAUCUGACCAGAUAUUUGGUGGUGGUGGUCCACCCUCAGCACAGCAGUGAUGCUGACAUGAUGUAUGUGGUGCUGAAAAAAAAUUAAUAAAUUAUAUAUAUAUAUAUAUAUAUAUAUAUAUAUAUAUAUCACUAAAGUGCUUUCAGGGUUCAAAUACAACAAGCAUGGUUGUUAAAUUUACAAACAAGCAAUUACAAACAUCCUUUCUAUUUCACAGAAGUUAUUCAGUGAAAGGUUCCCCUUUGUCACAGCCCUGGACUGUGUGGUCAAGCAACCAUGAUGGUAACCAAAAACAUUGUGGUUAACAUGGUAGUUGUUUAACAACGUUUUUCAGGAAAAGCACCCCAGAGCAGCUCUGUGAUCAGAAACUGGACAUUGAUGAAAAAAGUUAAAUGGUGACUAAAGCCUGGGCAUCUCACACUGUCCGAGUGGUUUUUGCAGAUAUUUUGGGCAGCUCAAAUAUUGGGGAUAAAUGAUUAGGGAUCACACACUACUCAACUUUUAAUUUAUUGCUAAAACAAAUGGAACUCAAUGAACUUGCGCGAACUCAUGCGUUGUCCCAUUACUAGGAGAUGCAAUUAAACAAACGUGGCGUUGCUGCUGCCAUUUUCUCUGCCCUUUGUGCUGACACAGUAAAGAAGCAGCAAGUAAACAUUUAAAUGAAGCUCAUAGAUUUAAAAAUUGUGCACCAACAGAUGGUCUACAGUCCUGUAAACUUUAACUGUAACUCUACACCAGCAAGCUGGAGCUACACGAAAGGCCUCCUAGGUAUACAACUAUCAUAUUGAAGAAGCUUAAGCGUUAUCUCUAGGGCUCCAAGAGCCAAAAAUCUCCACACUGUAGUCACACCAUUAUCACAAACUACAAACUAUAAUCUAUUCAGGAUCUGCCCUGUAGUUCCACUAGAAGUUGCCUUUCUUUCUUGUCCAGAUUCAGCACCGUCUCCAUUGGAGAUGACUUAUGUGUAACUAAUGAGAUGUUAGGUGUAAGAAUCCUGUUCAUUGUGUAUUUAUAAUGCAAAAUAAACGUUUCUCAUUAA